AUGCUGGCGCCAAUCGACAGGAGGGGAGAACGUUUCUGUGAGAAGGCAGAGGAGAAGGAAGAGUGCCAGUUGUGGGUCCUCAGCCAAAUCUUGAGAAAUCACUACUUCUGUUUACGCCAGAAUGAGGUCGCUGAAGUCGAGUUUUUUAUCCUGUGGCCCCGGGUACUGGACCAAGAUCACUUGCCCGGCAGUCUUCUCGAUUUAGGUGUGGCGACGGAUCACAACUCCUGUGUGUCCUUUAUUCGUUUCCAAACCUCUGUGCGAAAACUACCUUCACGUGUCUCUUCGACGACGUCCCCACAUCUGGGAAAGAACUAUCGUUUACUAUACUCUUGUAUUCGUGCUUCAAGCUUCCACAGUCCGGGGGCCCGCCUCUUUGUACUGCAUCGUUACUGUCUCCGUCGGGGCUUGCUCUACACAGUGGCCAAGCCAAGUGUUUGGAGUCCAACUACUUUGCCGUGCCGGCUGGCGUGUUUGCUUUCCGAAGAAGCACAGUCUAGAAGGCCAUUUACUGCGUCUCUUUCGCUGUCUAGGUCUCAGUUUUUCCCUCUUUUCCCGUUCAGAGGAGAGGCAGGAAUCGACACGGCUCCCGUCGUCCUCUGCUGCCGUUUUGUCCUUUUCUCGUUUGGGCACCUGCAGGGUCAGGGAACGACAGAGUGGUGGAAUGCGUGGCGGAUUGUGUCGCUCAGAUAUCGCAGUUUGUCCAUGCAAAAGAGUUGUUCACUUCAAAGACUCGACCUCGCGCCCCAAUGA